AUGAUAUCGGUGGCCCUUCCAUGUGAUAUAACACCGCCAACGCUUGACGAUCAGGUAGUCCUCAUACUAUGGUACAAAGAUGAGCAGUUGGCACCAAUUUAUACACUUGAUGCUAGAAGAGGUAACAUAGAACAGGCACGAACUCUCACCUCAACAGUACUGGACGGUCGGGCGUAUUUCAAUCUGCAUAAUAGGCCGGCAUUCCUGCAGAUGGAUCCGAUCCGAGUGAUGGAUGCGGGAGACUAUAGGUGUCGCGUCGACUUCAAGAAAGCCAGAACUGUUAAUACAGUCAUAUCUCUCAAAGUGAUCGAGAAGUUGAUUGCAAACUCUGGUCACACCACUCACACCACUCUCGCACUCACAUUCGGCUUGCAGCUUGCCAACUCAAUCUUACACAUUACUUGA